AUGCCGCGGCCAAGGCAUCUCACUACGGCGCUUCCGCGAGGAUUAAGAGCUGAGUUGGGAAUCAGAGAUACUUAUGGCGAGAAGAAAAGAAAUCAAACCCGAUCCGUAUCGCGCAAAGAGCGACGAAAGGAAGAGAGACAUGGAAAAAGACAACAACACGAUCGUCCGAGGGGCGGCAUGAACAGAAGACGAGAGGCCGAAAGCGAGUCUGAGGAUGAAAGUGAGGAUGAAUCUCCGAGCGAAGAAGAGGAGCGACCUGCGCCCGCGAAAGCAUCCAAAUCGCAUGAGACCAAGACGAUCGACCGAAAUAAGGCCGAACCCAAGAAGCCCACAAUAUCGAAAACUGUAAAGGAUAAACUUGCGCAGGACGAUAAGGAAAUUGAGGCACUCGAAAAACGACUAGGUAUUAAAGGAAAGAACAAGCUACCAAAAGCCUUUGAGGAGGAUGGUCUUGCAGAUCUUCUAGGUGAUAUUGGCGAGGAUUCAGAAGCGGACGAUAGUAAGAAACGAAAACGAGAAGAGCAAGAGUGGUUACAAAGAAAAAGGAGACGAGCUCAAGGUUUGGAUGAGGAGGAUGAGGAGGAUGAUAGCGAUGCUGGAGAUUGGGACGGUCUUGAAGAAUCUGCAGACGAUGACGGAGAAGAUGGGUCAGAUGAAGACCACGAAAGUGCGGAAGAUGGAUCUGAAGAUUUUGAAGGGUCUGAGGAAGAUAUGGAAAGUGAUGGUGAAUCAGUGGAGGAACCGAAACAAGAGCGCGUUCGAGAAAAUCCCUACGUUGCACCACCUACAAAGACGCCGUCUACAACGAAAUACAUUCCUCCGUCAAUGAGGGUUCCGGCAGGAAGCAAGUCGGAAGAAGAUGCACGCUUACGUCGGCAAGCACAGGGUUUACUGAACAAGCUUUCGGAAGCCAAUUUGAUCUCCACCCUUAACGAUGUCGAGAAACUAUAUCGCGAGAACCCACGUCAAAGUGUUACUUCGACAUUACUGACACUACUCCUUACCCAGGUCGCUGACCGAGCGGCCCUACAAGAUACAUUUAUCAUUCUGCAUGCUGGUUUCAUAGCUGGAUUGUACAAGUUGAUUGGAAUGGAUUUUGGCGCCAUGGUCAUCCAGACUCUAGUAGAAAUGUUUGACAAUUCGGCCGAUGAGAGGGGUCCAUUUACUGGAAAAGAACAGUUGAAUUUGGUGUCGCUCCUUUCACAGCUCUAUAACUUUCAUGUGGUCGGAAGCAAUCUCGUUUUUGAUUACAUUCGUUUGUUUCUUGAGGAGAUCAACGAGACAAAUACCGAAUUUCUUCUCAAGAUUAUUCGCACCUCGGGACCUCAGCUUCGACAGGACGAUCCGUCAGCCCUCAAAGAUAUUGUACUCCUCAUUCAACCAGCUGUAGCGCGAAUCGGCGAAUCAUCCUUGUCUGUUCGUACAAAAUUCAUGAUUGAAACCAUUACCGAUCUCAAGAACAAUCGCCUGAAAACCGGCACUGUGGCAUCCAGCAUCUCGUCUGAACACAUCACUAAGAUGCGCAAAAUCUUGGGAUCUUUGAAUAAUCGAAAUGUGCGAGCGUCGGAACCAAUUCGAGUCUCGAGAAGCGAUAUUCAGAACUCAGACAGAAAAGGAAAAUGGUGGCUUGUAGGUGCUAGUUGGAAAGAAUUGGACCCCCUUGAGGCUGCGCGUCAGGAGCUGUCUACUUCCUCAACCGCUCUCGCUUCAAAUCAGGUGCAAAAAGAUCAAGAUAGUGACGGAGAGCCGGACCUUGCGGCCAUCGCCAAAGCGCAUCGCAUGAACACAGACGUCCGACGCUCAAUCUUCGUAGCCAUCAUGUCAGCAACAGACUACCGAGAUGCGCACGUUCGACUUUUGAAACUGCGUCUCAAAAAGAACCAAGAAUACGAAAUUCCGCGUGUCCUCGUCCAUUGCGCCAUGGAAGAAGAGGCCUACAAUCCCUACUACCACCUGAUCGCCCGCCGACUCUGCAGUGAAAUGGGCCGACGAAUUAAAAUGUCUUUCGUGUUCACUCUAUGGGAUAUUUUCAAACGUUUGGGUGAGACUAACGACCUCGACGAAGAAGGUAGCGACGACGAAUUCCACGGCUUUGACGAAGAUGGCUCCAACAAUGCAAAACUAGACAUCAAGUCUAUUGUCAAUCUUGCCAAAAUGUAUGGCAACUUGGUCAGCGAUAAUUCUCUCAACUUGGCGAUACUGAAAAAUCUAAACUUUGCCUACCUGCAACCGAAAACAAGCACAUUUGUCGAAGUCUUGAUUAUCACAGUUUUCCAGCAAACGUCCCCGUCAUCGACACGCAAGACGAAAUCUGCGGAUUUGAAAAAGAAACAAGCCGAAACUGAAGAAGAGCUCAAGGAUAAACAGGCUGUUCUUCUCACUCGUAUAUUUGCGCAAACCCAUCAAACUGCGCCGCAUAUUGUCAAAGGACUGAUAUAUUUCAUCCGCAAGGUGGUUGCCAAGUCGGAUAUUGUGGCUAGUAGCAAGGAGAAGAAGUUGGUAAAAUGGGGCUGUGGUAUCACGGUGAAUGCGUUGACUAGGCUUGAGAAUAAGAGCACAUGA